GAAAUUAAAAUUUUAUAGAGAAGGUAGAGAUAGACAGGAGAAAAAAAAGAGAGAAAAUAAUGGAAAAAAAAUGGAAAUCUUCAACUUCGCUUUCCUAAUCCAACACGGCCUAGUUUCGUCGCGUCUUUAUAAACAUUCUUUUAUAUAAAAGCAAAACCAAAGCUUAAGUUUAGUCAUAAUCUCUCCUAAUUCUUGAGAUAAUGAAUUCGAUGUUCAGUGCUUUCGACGCCAUGUGCGCUGAGAUGAUGGGCAAGAAAGUCACCGCUGCGUCUUACAUCUGCAACCGCUCUGAAAUCAACGCCGCUUCUUCCGGCGGCGGCGGUCAAACCGUGGCUUCGCUGAAGAAAGACGAAAAAGCUACAAACUUGGCGGCGGCAGCGAAGCAACCGAGGUUUGCUCUUGAGCUCGACGGGCUUCAAUUCUUCGAAACCAUUGUUCGUUCUUGAUUCCAACCCAAAUAUUACAUAUCUUUUUCUGAGUCUUUCUUGUUUUCUUCUUCUUUCCGAAUGUAAAUACAAUUUUUUUUUGGAAAAAUAUAAUCAAACACUUUUGCAGUUU